AUGGGGUUCCUGACUCAACAGCAAUUCUCCGUCGCCGAUUAUGAUUUAAAUACCUCUUGCCGUUCGCGGGUGAAUUAUUGCUAUUUAGGGUUUUCCAAUUUCCAUUGCAGGUACUGUAUAUUUCUCUCUCUUUUCUUUCAAUUUAGUUUCUUUACAGGUGAUUUUUGGUACCUUCUUCAACAUUUGCUUGCUUGCACGCUCUCCGCUGUGGAAAAGGGUCGAGAUAUAAAGCCAAGUGAGAAACAUUUCCAUGACCAUACACAGGGUCAUGCUGGAAAAUCUUUUAUCGGUGAGCAAUCCCCUAUCGUACAUGAACGAUCUCAAGAAAUAUUACCGCCGCAAACACAGGCUCAUUGUUAUGCUGAUGAUCAGUGUCGAGCAUAUUACCAAGCCGCUGGAGGGGAAAAGAAGAGAAGAGUAUAUAGUCUUGAAUCUCAAGCAAAAAGCUACCACGGCCCGAAUCUCCAUAUCUCUCUUGGAUCUGAUGCUACCUCGCCAGCAACACUUUUGAAUAUCCAAUCGUUACCAAUAGGAAAUGUGCUUUUGAAUGUUCAAUCAACACCAACAGGAAAUGAGGAGGAGUUAGUGAUGCAAUUGAUUCCUAUAUUUGUUGACGAUGUACGUAGAGCAAUUUCUUCACCGCCAAAUACUCAUACGGACCACCCAUUACUUGCUGCUCCUACUACUGCUAACAUGGACAAGGUUCAUACAUGGGUUUCUGAUGACGAUGGUAACUCUACUGCCUCCUCACAUUAGUUGGCCUAUUGCUAUGUUUUAACUGUAUUGUUGGUGUUGUGGAUGUUUUCUGUUUAACUAUGCUAUUAUUAUGUGUGUUUUGGCAAGUUAAUCAUACCUUACUUUUCCACUCC